CAAAUUUCCAUAUUCGCUCAAAUUUACCCAAAUUUCAGUAAGGGACAAGUUUAUUUUAGUUGGAAGGUAGAAAAAUCCGAGCAAACAACACACGUCUCCUAAUUUAAGGGCGACACCAUACGCAACUCUCUCUCUCUCUUACUCUAUCGAUUCCAAGAGAAUCAUCGUCUCUACUUAAUAGCAGAGUUUACAGAUUCCUGUAGCAAAGGAAUCUGGGUUCUGGGUUCAUUUCUGACACAACCAGUCAACCCAGUUCAAGACUCAAAUAAAGUAAAUUAGGUGGAAAUGGCGGCAUUAUUAGCUUCCCAGAGCUACUGCUAUGGCAGUGAGACCGCAAGAACCACCAAAGCUAUUGGUUUCAGUAGCUCUUUGGAUAACCCUUUCACUGGGGAUUCCACCAAGUGUUUUGGCAGCAAGUCUAAGAGAUUUCAUAUUGAGAUGAGACAAUCGGAAUCGCCUUCCAAGCCUGGAAUCAAUGGACGUUCAGUCAAAAUGGUUCCGGCUAGUGAGGUUGUGAAAAGGAAAGAUGGUGUGAACAGUGUAAAUGGAUCGGUGGGGAAAGUUGUUAAUGGAGCGAAUUUGGUUAGUAGUAGAAACAUUAAUGGUGCGUCGUCAACUUUGGUUAAGGCGCCAAAGCAAAAGACAGGAUCGUACCUUCCUCCACCGGUUGAGGGAGUUAGGGUUCUUCCUUCCGAUGAAGGUUUUAGCUGGGCUGAUGAGAACUACAGCUCACUUCAACGGAGUAUUGAUGUUUGGUCGUUUGUUAUUUCCCUUAGGAUUCGUGUCUUGUUCGACAAUGCCAAAUGGGCUUACGUUGGAGGGUUCACAGAAGAGAAACAGAAAAGCCGAAGAAGAGAAACAGCUUCAUGGUUGAGAGAGAGUGUAUUGCAGCUUGGUCCUACGUUUAUCAAACUGGGACAGCUGUCCUCGACUAGGUCGGAUUUGUUUCCUCGUGAAUUCGUGGAUGAGCUUUCCAAGUUGCAGGACAGAGUCCCGGCUUUUUCUCCAGAGAAAGCAAGGCGCUUCAUCGAGACCGAACUUGGGGCUCCAAUAAGUCUAAUGUUUAAAGAAUUUGAAGACCAACCCAUAGCUGCAGCUAGCCUUGGCCAGGUACACAGAGCUGUGUUGCACAAUGGUGAGAAAGUGGUAGUCAAAGUACAAAGACCCGGACUCAAGAAACUUUUCGAUAUUGAUCUACGAAAUUUGAAGUUGAUUGCUGAGUAUUUCCAGAAAAGCGAAUCGUUUGGAUCAAACGAUUGGGUUGGUAUAUACGAAGAAUGUGCCACAAUUUUGUAUCAAGAGAUUGACUACAUAAACGAAGCUAAGAAUGCAGACAGAUUCCGGAGAGACUUCCGGAAUAUAAGCUGGGUCCGCGUACCUUUGGUCUUUUGGGAUUACUCAGCGAUGAAGGUCUUGACUUUGGAGUAUGUACCAGGUGUCAAGAUCAACAAGUUAGACGCCUUAGCUGCACGGGGAUAUGACCGUUCACGAAUAGCAUCACGGGCCAUCGAAGCUUAUCUUAUCCAGAUACUCAAAACCGGCUUCUUUCAUGCGGAUCCUCACCCAGGGAAUCUUGCCAUUGAUGUAGACGAAUCGAUCAUCUACUAUGACUUUGGCAUGAUGGGAGAGAUCAAAACAUUUACUCGGACGAGAUUGCUUGAUCUCUUCUAUUCUGUAUAUGAAAAAGAUGCCAAAAAGGUCAUGAAGAACCUUAUAGAUCUUGAAGCACUUCAACCCACUGGAGAUCUUUCAUCGGUGAGGAGAUCUGUUCAGUUUUUCUUGGACAAUCUAUUAAGCCAAAGCCCUGAUCAGCAACAGACUUUGGCAGCUAUUGGAGAGGACUUGUUUGCAAUUUCCCAGGAUCAGCCAUUCCGUUUCCCAUCAACUUUCACAUUUGUCAUCAGAGCAUUUUCCACACUCGAGGGUAUUGGUUACAUUCUUGAUCCAGAUUUUUCCUUUGUGAAGGUUGCGGCUCCAUAUGCGCAGGAACUCCUGGAUUUAAAACAAAGGCAGCGCUCGGGAACUCAGCUUGUCCAACAAAUAAGGAAGCAGGCCGACGAUGUAAUGCUUUCCCUCUCUUUUUUCAUCUCCAAUCUCUCUCUUUUUCUGUUUUGUAUUAAACACAAGAAAACUGUACAGGCAAGGUCUUCUACUCUGUCCAUGCCAUACCGAGUGCAACGGAUAGAAGAGUUCGUGAAAGAACUCGAUUCAGGCGAUUUAAAACUCCGUGUUAGAGUUCUUGAGUCGGAAAGAGCAGCUCGGAAAGCGACAAUACUGCAGAUGGCGACAAUGUACACUGUUCUUGGAGGAACUCUGCUUAAUAUUGGGGUUACAUUUAACAACCAAGGAAGCCAGCUUAUCGCUAAUGGAUCCUUCGUUGGGGCAGGGAUAUUCAUGGCAUUGGUAUUGAGAUCUAUGCAAAGGGUAAAUAAGCUUGAUAAGUUUGAGAAGAUGAUAUGAUGAUGAAUGGUAAUUCUUUUGAAGCUCCUCAUACCAGAUAUAGAAUUGUGAUGAUGUAUAGGUAUAGCAUAUAUCUUUAGCUCCCAUAUUCAUAAUAUUUUAUAAAUUGUAUAAAAACUAUUUCGAAGUCUCAAUAUAAAGAAAGUCAAA